AUGGCCACCCUGCAGAAAUCUGUGAGAACUUCCCUUAUGAGGACUUUGGCCGCUGGCUGCCUCCUGCUCAUUGCCCUGUUGGUACAGGAAGGGGCAGCCGUGCCCAUCAGUUCUCACUGCAGACUUGACAAGGCCAACUUCCAGCAGUCCUAUAUCACCAACCGCACCUUCAUGCUGGCUAAGGAGGCCAGUUUGGCAGAUAACAACACUGAUGUUCGUCUCAUUGGGGAGAAACUGUUUCAUGGAAUCCAUAUGAGUGAGCGCUGCUAUCUGAUGAAGCAGGUGCUGAACUUCACCCUGGUAGAAGUGCUGCUUCCACAGUCUGAUAGAUUCCAGCCCUAUAUGCAGGAGGUGGUGCCCUUCCUGGACAGACUGAGCAACAAGCUAAGCCAAUGUCAUAUUCAAGGCAAUGACCAGCACAUCCAGAGAAACGUGCAAAAGCUGAAGGGCACAGUGAAAAAGCUUGGAGAGAGUGGAGAGAUCAAAGCAAUUGGAGAACUGGGUUUGCUGUUCUUGGCCCUGAGGAAUGCCUGUGUUUGA